AUGCCACCGAAAGGCUCAAAAAGAUCAUCCAAGACGGCUGCUGUCGAACAGCCAAUGGACGUCGAUGAGCCCUCUAGCUCGCACCCCAGCGGUAGCAUCGCCAACGACCCUAUUGCUUCUAGCAUCAUACAGGACUCAAAGACCUCUGUAGCAGUCGAUCAGCGUCGACUCGUUGAGAUCUUGCCAGAACGUGUCGGCUCGGUCGCCAACACCGAUUUCCCUCUACACUAUCCAGGCGAGAACAAUGCUUUCUCCCUCGCAGCUGCCAACCAAAAUCUCAAAGUCAUCGUCACCCGCCUCUCUGACGCCUCAUGCGAAUUUGACCUCAUAGGCGUCGAUGCGUCCAUCGCCAACGCUGUGCGUAGAGUGUUGAUGGCCGAGGUGCCUACAGUCGCCAUCGAGCACGUUUACAUCUGGAACAACACGUCCAUCAUUCAAGAUGAAGUGCUUUCGCACCGUCUCGGUCUCGUACCACUCGCUAUCAAUCCAGACAAGGUAGCGAUGCGCAUGCCCGGUGACGAAGCUGAUGACAGCAAUACGGUGGUAUUCCAUCUCAAGGCAAAAUGCGAGCGCAACCGAUCAGCAGCACGCGGAGAAACCGAUCCGGAUAAGCUCUACAUCGGUCACAACGUCUACUCGGAGCAACUGCGAUGGGAUGCCAAGGGAGGCCAAGAAAAAGAUUUUGCCGAUUCCCCACCUCGUCCCGUCCAGGACAAGAUCCUCAUCGCCAAACUUCGACCUGGUCAGGAGCUCGAUCUCGAACUUCACUGCGAAAAGGGAAUCGGCAAAGAUCAUGCAAAGUUCUCCCCCGUCGCAACUGCCACCUACCGCCUCUUGCCACACAUUCAGCUGCUCCAACCCAUUCCUGACGAAUCAAUUGACAAAUUCGUCUCAUGCUUCCCACCAGGCGUUAUUGGCGUUCAAGGUUCUGGUAAAACCCGCUCCGUUUUCGUCCAAGAUGCACGAAAGGAUACAAUCUCCAGAGAAGUGUUUAGGCAUCACGAAUUCGAAGAUAAGGUCAAGCUCGGCAGGGUCAGAGAUCACUUUUUGUUCGAUUUGGAGAGCACGGGCAUCAUUCCACCGGAGAAGCUGCUGCCAGAAGCUAUCAGAACCUUGCGGAGUAAGAUCGCCACUUUGAGAAAGAGCUUGGAUCACCUCGAGACAAGAGGACUCGACACGGCCAUGGCUGCUUGA